AUAAACAAUAAACGGUGCAUACGCGGUCUGACUAGUGAACUGAGUUUCAACGGGGAACAGGUUGAGACUAAUUUCAUCGAGUUUGGAGACGAAAGUAAAUUAACAAUAAUAGUUAAGUUCGUGCUUGCGAAUGAGUUCUUGCCUAAACACUCUUAACCGUUGAAUACUUUUCAACAAUUUCGAAUUUACGCAAAAAUAGUGAGUGGCCCGAAUUGUUUAAACCGCUUCAUACUCCCAGUGAAAAAACAAAUUAAAUAAAGUUAAAAAGAGGCACCUGGAGAUAUACCAAGGAAGAUGUGUGACAAGAAGCAAUGAUAAAUGCACGUUUUGGUACAUUGAUUCACAGCAAAAAUCAGUAAGCCAAGAAGGUGUAACUGCCUUAAUAUUAUUGAAAUCAACCAAAACAAUGAUCGAAGUUAACACCUGUUAAAUUUGGAAAACAGACAUUCAAAAAGCAACGAUAAGCGACCAACUUACGGAAAUGGAUUCUGUAUAUGGUUCCAAAAAAUAUUUCCAGAGCCUUUCUGGAAGAAGUGAUGUAUUCCGAGGACCAUCAUGCAGAGCACUGACGAAUGAUUACUCGUAUAACAACACACUGGGACGCCACUCCCCAAUUGGACCGUAUAUGCAUAUGAGCAAGCAAACGGCAUACUCCACCGACUUAAGUUUAAAUAGUCAAUAUGGGUACAACACAUGGGGUACCAUGACCGAUAUUAGGAACAUCACGCCGACACUUUACCCAUCUAAACGCCGACACAAGUUUAGGUCGUUUUCAAUCAUACUAACAACUGCUGCAUUAAUAGUUCUACUAGCCGUUUUGUCAAUAGGCGCGCUAGCUUUUUACUUCAGCGGAUUCAAACCCAACGUGGACGAGUCCAUGAUGAUGUUUGAAGGUUCAUUUCAAAUUCAAAAGGGAGAUUUGUACUCCUCAGGAUUGAAAAAUAACCAAUCCUCCAUAUUCCGUCAAAAGUCUGAUUUUUAUAGGCGGUUCAUUGAAAGAUCAUUGUCGGAUAAUGACCUUCCGCUGUCCAAACUAGAUAUAAGGGGAUUCGGAGAAGGUCCUUUGAUAGAUGUGCAGUUCGUCAUGUUAUUAGAUAUGCGGAAUAUACCUCAGAACAUUCACAGUGUAGAAGACCAUAUUCGAAACUCUCUGUUCUUGGAGACGAAUUCCGUGAAGUCAUUAUAUAAAUUUAUCAGAAUCGAACCGGACUCGGUACGAGUGAAGCGCAUUACUGGAGAAAAUAUGAACAGAUUAGUUCCUACAUUACAGCGUCAAGAACCAACUGAUAAGCAAUCACAUUUCGAGAAAAAACUCAGCAAAACUGCAUCCAGAAACAUCGAAAAAGGAAUUCCGAAACAUGUGACGACUCAUCAACCGAAGUGGCAAAAAAAUGAUGGCGAACCAGAUGUGGACGUUGAGAAUGCCCCGGUGAUUCAAGGAUCUUUUGAAGGUUCAUUCGAAAUCACAAAAACCGAUGCCGAUAUCACUGCAAAAAAAGCCAGCCCAACCAAAUCGUUUUCACCAUAUCUCAAGCAAACUACAGCAAGUAUCGGCUUAAGAUCAAAAACUAAGAAAACUAAAGUCGAUAAGAUAACUACAACCACACCCUUUCCAUCGACUACCGUUCCGAUAACAACUACGAUAGAGGUGACUACCACAUCAACUACAACAACUACUACCACCGCUCCAACAACAACAGCAACAACAACGACAACCGCGAACAUCCAAACCACAACAAAUACGCAACCUACAACCUCUAGAAAUACAACUACAGAAGGAAAUGAUACCGCAUCUCAAAUUUUCGAUUUAGAAUCUGCACCUGAUUCAAACGUCAGCAUUCCUCCCAAAUUGGAUCUGAGUUUAUUCACUAGCGCUCCCAUUUUAGAUACAAAACCUUGGCACCCCAUUCAACCCUCCAAUUCCCAUUACAGUCUCCACAAUUAUGGAACUCCAGCGAGACCUGGAUAUAACGUUGUUGUGCCAGCUGGCAUCGAAAGUGGGUUAAUACCCAGAAACAAAAUCCAAAUAACAGAACAACCAACAAAUUCUCCAAAUAAAGCUGUUUUUUAUCAAAGCUUCACAAACCCAGUAUUCAUGCCCGAUACAUCAGGAAUUGAGAAACUAGGGAGCACAGAUGUUAGACCAUAUCCUAUUCCGGUCCCAUUGAUCGACGAUGUCGUCGCACCCAAUGUAAAACCUGUUUUACCUAUGCAUAAAUACACAAACAAUUUAAAUUAUGAACAAGAGCCAGUCAAUCAAACGGAACCUCGUACCCCAUCCCAUUUCACUCAAGCAUCAGAAAACAAUGGGACAGCAGAACACGACAUUGAAGAAGAUGAAGCACACAAUGAGACUACAACAGAAUCUGAAGUAAUAAACACACAUCCAAACACUGAUACAACAAUAUACAGUGAAAUAGGCGAAAUAUUACUAGACCUCCUUCAACCAUCAGAUAAUGACACCCGAAAUGAUAAAGUUGAAGAGCGAAUUGUGGAAGUUGAAACAGAAAAACCACACUUCCUGAAUAUCAAAGAUCUGGUUCUAAAUAAAACAAAAUCCAAUGAACACUCUACGACCAAAGUCCCUUCUGCAGUAGGGACGAAAAAUAAACUCUCCUCUCCAGGCAUAAUGGACGAUGAAAUGCUAUUCCCAGCUCAUACAAAAUACGAUCCCAACGACCAAACAUCACACCAUGUUCCUUUGAAAAAAACCUACAACGACACUCUGCAAGCUCUCAUUGUUGAAAAUCAAGCUAGCUCGAAUAUCUCAUUGAAGAUGAAAGACCUGAAAAGAAACUCAUCUGAAGAUAUCGAGAACAUCACCCUGAUUUUUGACACGCUUUCAUCUAAAUUAGGAAUAACACCCAACUUUCCCACCAAGGAACCGCCAUUCUCGACGUCAUCUCAACAGAAAAUCAAAAACGAUCAAAAGUACUUGUCCAAUUUGCAACAAACAACAAAAAGGACCACUUCUACAACAACCACUCCAUUUCCGCCUACCUCUGCAAGGACGUCACAAUCACCUGAUCAAUCAUCCGAGCCCGAGAACAUAGUUGGCGAAGCGGAGGUCGAAGUGGUCGAUCCCACCAAGUACGAAGAAAUGCUCUCAUCACAAUCAGUCAGCAGUACUACCAUGCAUACGCCUUCCCUUGUUACCCUCCUGCCAGUACGUUCCAAUUCGGGAAUAAGGACCUUUAAGCCUGUCGCUGGAGCUGGUGCGGAAGGUCGAAAAUUUAACUCUAAUCUAUCAUCAUAUCGAGAGGCGGUAGUCACCACAGGCAUACAAGUAUCAACUUAACAUCUCCACUUUUAGUCCGCAAUUAGGAUGAAUAUUUGUGUUACGCAUGCCUAUAGUACCAGUGCGAAAAAUGUAUCAUUUUAUCGUCGAUCGAUAUGCAUCAGAAUGAAUGUUGUCAAACCCACUCGUUGAAUUCAAUCAUUUCCGGCACUGAUUUAAAGGCUAAGGAGCCUUUGAAACAUUGAACUCGAUGAAAUGAUUAAUUUCAACCAUAUACUAAUGAUUCGCGACAUUUAUUAUAACAACCAUUAUUCUACCUAUUUAUUUAAAUAAAUAAAAUUACUUUUUAUUA